AUGUACAGCACAGAUAACUUGGUUAAAGUACGAGGACAUAGAAUGUACUGCAUGCCUGUGUCAGAGGCCCCGCCCCCGCCGCCCACCUCCUCAGGAAUUGGCUGCGUCGGUCCUAGGGGGCGGUCCCAGGGACGGAAGGAAGUCGAGGGUCGCGGGCGCGGGCUGCGCGGGGUUGCAGUCGCACGUGGAGAGCGCGCACCGCGCUCGCGUUGGGCUCGGGGCGGAGUUCCCCGUCCCCUUCCCUUUCCUUCCACACCCGCACGCGCGCCCUUCCUUCGUGGCUUGCCCUUCCCCCGCCUCCUGGGUCUAGCCCCUUCACUGGAGUGUGGGGCAGGCAGGCCUCCGGGCUCGCGUGCGCGUGUCCGAGCAGUCCCGGGCGGUGGGCGAGGGCGUGACCUGGGGAACCCGGAGGGGAAGGGGCGGGGGCGCGGGGGCUGGGAGAAGCGAAGGCGGCUCCUCCCUCCGCUGCCCUUCCCUCCUCUUCCCUCCCCGCCCCCGCCUCUUAGGCCCUCCUUUCCUUUCUUCUGUUCUCCCCUCUGCUUCCGGCUUCUUUCGGCUCUAGCAGGUAGAGCCUUCUCGGGGCGCGCGGGGCCUCAGCAGCUGCUCCCGACCUCUCCUCGGCCCAGCGCAGGGCCUCGCGCGCCCAUGGCCGGCUCUGCCCGGCGGUGGGACGAUGGAGAUUCAGACGUGGCGGCGGCGCCGCUGCAGGACGCGGAGCUGACCCUGGCCGGCAUCAACAUGCUGCUCAACUAGGGCUUCAGGGAGUCGGACCAGCUUUUCCAACAAUACCAACAAUACAGAUCAACAUAGUGGAGGAAAAACAAAGAGCAGCCUGCAAAAACAGGUCCAAGUCAGAAGAGGACUGGAAGACAAGGUGGUUCCAUCAAGGUCCUAAUCCCUGCAGUGGAGCACAGGACUGGAUUUACCCUGGCAGCUACUGGGACAGAAAGUACUUCAAUUUGUCUGCCAUUUAGUAAAGUGCAUACAGGUCAGGGUGUUUGGCUAAUCUCUAAAGCAAGUCUUAAACCUCUGUUUUUAAAUUUUUUCCCUUGGUUUCUACUUUGUUUUGAGACGGAGUUUUGCUCUGUCGCCCAGGCUGGAGUGCAGUGGUGCAAUCUCUGCUCACUACAACCUCCACCUCCUGGG